ACACUUUAUUCCUUCUUAAUAAAGUGACUUAUUAAUAAGUAUACGUCAGAUUUCCUGUUUUCAUUUAAUUUCAAAAUAUUACCUAUACUUUCGUGAUUUCAGUUGUCUAUAACAACUAAACUAACUGAAUAGUAAUUUGGAAAGAUUAUAAGUAUUGGACCUAUCUACACAUGAAAAAAAAUUUUUAAUACUGAUUUUUAAAAGAGGUUUCAAUAUAUAUUACUUAUUUCUAGGUUUUACCUGAAGCCACAGAGUAAGUAAAUCGUUCAGAAUUUCAGUGGUUUCGGAAACAAAACAACGUAGGAUUAUUGAAAUGGAAUAAAGAAUGCAAUAUUCAUGUUGUCAGAAGUUGUUGCUUUCCUUACAUCUGUCUUGAGCCAGAGUGAACUAAAUAGGAGCAGGCCAUUUAUCUUUCUAAGGCCUUGUUAAUCAUAUUAAAGUGGUACUGCCUUCUUGUUACAGAGGAUUCUGUUGCUCAUAUGUGAUACUUCUUGAACAUUGAUAGAUACUGUAUGAAGAAAGUAACUUGCCCAGGAAAUUUGUAGGAGAAAGGAUGAUGGAAUACGGUUAUACUGUUUUCUGUUAACAUGGCUAAGCCUCCUGGUCUUUCUGGUUAAAAAUCUCUAAGAGCCUGAUUUUAGAGUUCACCAGCUCCUCAGAAGUUUGGCGAAAUAUGAAUUAUUAAGCCUACGUUCAGAUCAAGUUAGCAGCUAGACUGGUGUGACAACCUGUUUUUAAUCAGUGACUCAAAGCUGUUAUCACCCUGAUGUCACCGAAUGGCCACAGCUUGUAAAAGAUCACCAGGAGAAUCCCAGUCUGAGGACAUUGAAGCUAGCCGAAUGAAGCGAGCAGCUGCAAAGCAUCUAAUAGAACGCUACUACCAUCAGUUAACUGAGGGCUGUGGAAAUGAGGCCUGCACGAAUGAGUUUUGUGCUUCCUGUCCAACUUUUCUUCGUAUGGAUAACAAUGCAGCAGCUAUUAAAGCCCUUGAGCUUUAUAAAAUUAAUGCAAAACUCUGUGAUCCUCAUCCCUCCAAGAAAGGAGCAAGCUCAGCUUACCUUGAGAACUCAAAAGGUGCAUCUAACAACUCAGAGAUAAAAAUGAACAAGAAGGAAGGAAAAGAUUUUAAAGAUGUGAUUUACCUAACUGAAGAGAAAGUAUAUGAAAUUUAUGAAUUUUGUAGAGAGAGUGAGGAUUACUCCCCUUUAAUUCGUGUAAUUGGAAGAAUAUUUUCUAGUGCUGAGGCACUGGUUCUGAGCUUUCGGAAAGUCAAACAGCACACUAAGGAGGAAUUGAAAUCUCUUCAAGAAAAGGAUGAAGACAAGGAUGAAGAUGAAAAGGAAAAGGCUGCAUGUUCUGCUGCUGCUAUGGAAGAAGACUCAGAAGCAUCUUCUUCAAGGAUGGGUGAUAGCUCACAGGGAGACAACAAUGUACAAAAAUUAGGUCCUGAUGAUGUGACUGUGGAUAUUGAUGCUAUUAGAAGGGUCUACAGCAGUUUGCUCGCUAAUGAAAAAUUAGAAACUGCCUUUCUGAAUGCACUUGUAUAUCUGUCACCUAACGUGGAAUGUGAUUUGACAUAUCAUAAUGUGUAUACUCGAGAUCCUAAUUAUCUCAAUUUGUUCAUUAUUGUAAUGGAGAAUAGUAAUCUCCACAGUCCUGAAUAUCUAGAAAUGGCAUUGCCAUUAUUUUGCAAAGCUAUGUGUAAGCUACCCCUUGAAGCUCAAGGAAAACUGAUAAGGCUGUGGUCUAAAUACAGUGCUGACCAGAUUCGGAGAAUGAUGGAAACAUUUCAGCAACUUAUUACCUACAAAGUCAUAAGCAAUGAAUUUAAUAGCCGAAAUCUAGUGAAUGAUGAUGAUGCCAUUGUUGCUGCUUCAAAGUGUUUGAAAAUGGUUUACUAUGCAAAUGUAGUGGGAGGGGAUGUGGACACAAAUCAUAAUGAGGAAGAUGAUGAAGAACCCAUACCUGAGUCCAGCGAAUUAACACUUCAGGAGCUUCUGGGAGAUGAAAGAAGAAAUAAGAAAGGUCCUCGAGUGGAUCCACUAGAAACCGAACUUGGCGUUAAAACUCUAGACUGUCGAAAACCACUUAUCUCCUUUGAAGAAUUCAUUAAUGAACCACUGAAUGAUGUUCUAGAAAUGGACAAAGAUUAUACCUUUUUCAAAGUUGAAACAGAGAACAAAUUCUCUUUUAUGACAUGUCCCUUUAUAUUGAAUGCUGUCACAAAGAAUCUGGGAUUAUAUUAUGACAAUAGAAUUCGCAUGUACAGUGAAAGAAGAAUCACUGUUCUUUACAGCCUAGUUCAAGGACAGCAGUUGAAUCCGUAUUUGAGACUCAAAGUCAGACGUGACCAUAUUAUAGAUGAUGCACUGGUCCGGCUAGAGAUGAUUGCUAUGGAAAAUCCUGCAGACUUGAAGAAGCAGUUGUAUGUGGAAUUUGAAGGAGAACAAGGAGUAGAUGAGGGAGGCGUUUCUAAAGAGUUUUUUCAGUUGGUUGUGGAGGAAAUUUUUAAUCCAGAUAUUGGUAUGUUCACAUAUGAUGAAGCUACAAAAUUAUUUUGGUUUAAUCCAUCUUCUUUUGAAACUGAGGGUCAGUUUACUCUGAUUGGCAUAGUCCUGGGUCUGGCUAUUUACAAUAACUGUAUACUGGAUGUCCAUUUUCCCAUGGUUGUAUACAGGAAGCUAAUGGGGAAAAAAGGAACCUUUCGUGACUUGGGAGAUUCUCACCCAGUUUUAUAUCAGAGUUUAAAGGAUUUAUUGGAAUAUGAAGGGAGUGUGGAAGAUGAUAUGAUGAUCACUUUCCAGAUAUCACAGACAGAUCUUUUUGGUAACCCAAUGAUGUAUGAUCUAAAAGAAAAUGGUGAUAAAAUUCCAAUUACAAAUGAAAACAGGAAGGAAUUUGUCAAUCUCUAUUCAGACUACAUUCUCAAUAAAUCUGUAGAAAAACAAUUCAAGGCAUUUCGCAGAGGUUUUCAUAUGGUGACCAAUGAAUCGCCCUUAAAAUACUUAUUCAGACCAGAAGAAAUUGAAUUGCUUAUAUGUGGAAGCCGGAAUCUAGAUUUCCAGGCACUAGAAGAAACUACAGAGUAUGACGGUGGCUAUACGAGAGAAUCUGUUGUGAUUAGGGAGUUCUGGGAAAUUGUUCAUUCGUUUACAGAUGAACAGAAAAGACUCUUUCUGCAGUUUACAACAGGCACAGACAGAGCACCUGUUGGAGGACUAGGAAAAUUGAAGAUGAUUAUAGCCAAAAAUGGCCCAGACACAGAAAGGUUACCUACAUCUCAUACUUGCUUUAAUGUCCUUUUACUUCCGGAAUAUUCAAGCAAAGAAAAACUUAAAGAGAGAUUGUUGAAGGCCAUCACAUAUGCCAAAGGAUUUGGCAUGCUGUAAACAAAACAAAAACAAAAAGAAAAAGUUAAAAAAUAAAUAUAAGAGGGAUAAUUUGAUGGUAAUAGUAUCCCAGUACAAAAAGGCUGUAAAAUAGUGAACCACAGUAGUCAUCUAUGUCUGUGCCUCCCUUCUUCAUUGGGGACAUUGUGGGCUGGAACAGCAGAUUUCAGCUGCAUAUAUGAACAAAUCCUUUAUUAUUAUUAUAAUUAUUUUUUUGCGUGAAAGUGUUACAUAUUCUUUCACUUGUAUGUACAGAGAGGUUUUUCUGAAUAUUUAUUUUAAGGGUUAAAUCACUUUUGCUUGUGUUUAUUACUGCUUGAGGUUGAGCCUUUUUGAGUAUUUAAAAUAUAUAUACCAACGAAACUAUUCUCGCAAGGAAAACAUUGCCACCAUUUGUAGAACAUGUAAUCUUCAAGUAUGUGCUAUUUUUUGUCCCUGUAUCUAAGUCAAAUCAGGAACUUUUUUCUAACAAUUUGCUUUUGAAACUUGAAGUCAAGGAAACAGUGUGGUGCAAGUACUGCUGUUCUAGCCCCCAAAGAGUUUNCUGUACAAAAUUUUGAGAAUCAAUAAAGAUGGAAGGGAGAACUUGGAAUGUUUGAACCACAGCNCUCAGAACUUUAGUAACAGCACAACAAAUUAAAACAACUCAUGCCACAGUAUGUUGUCUUCAUGUGUCUUGCAAUGAACUGUUUCAGUAGCCAAUCCUCUUAGUAUAUGAAAGGACAGGGAUUUUUUUGUUGUUGUUGUUUUUGUUGUUGUUGUUUUUGUUGUUUAAGUUUACUGGGGAAAGUGCAUCUGGCCAAAUGAUAGGAUAGUCAAGCCUAUUGCAACAAAAUUAGGAAGUUUGUUGUAUAAAUAAGCAUGUAAAAGUGCACUUAAAAUGAAUCUUUAUUAUUACUGAGAUUUUAAUAGACAAUCCAAAGUCUCCCCUUCUGUUGCCAUCAUCUUGUUUAAUCAACCAUUUUUCAAGGCACUUGAUCAGUGUUGCAGCAUAACAGAAAGUACAGCUACUGUGCCUUGUGUUACUUAUUUACACAGUUAACAGGCCUGGAAACGAAUGGAACUAGUACUCCUGAGAAAUAAAUUGUAUAUCCCCCAAAUUAAAAUUUACUUCAAAGGUGUUAAAGAUUUCACGUCCUAUAUUAAAGUACAAAUAGGCUUAAAUUACUGGAUAUUUAAUGUAGUUUCCCAUCCCUAGUCUUCUAUGUCUGUGAUGUUAAUUUCUUUUGUUGCAUAACAAAAUAAAAGAAUUAUGUAUUUUUAACUAAGGAGAGACAUACUGGUAUAUCAUUUUACUACAAGCUACAGAUAACCUGUUGAGCUUGUGCCUUGAUUGUUUUAACAAUUAGUGCAAAUCAACCUGAUGAUUUUAAUUGGCAGGGGAUAAUGGUAGCUUUCAAAUCAUUGGAAGGGGAAAAGGAUGUCUUUUAGGAUUAUUUUCCUUCUUGUAGUAGUUGAGACAGAGCUCUUAUUUACUGUAAUGCUAAAUGAAACAGUGGCUUAAAUAUUUUAAUGGGAAAAGAGAACACAGUGCGUUCCAUAUUGUGAUAAGGUAGCGUGAGUUUUUUUUUUUUUUUUUUUCUUCUGAGCUAGCCUUUAGAACACUGUUGUGGUAUGUAUGCUGUCUUGAUUAUAGGACCCCCUAAAUGUGACUAUAGUCAUCUUAAUGGGCAUCUUGUCCACUGUGCUUCUUAUGUAUUAUGAAAGUGAUAAGAAGACAAAUUAAGUGGGUAUAUUUUAUAAAAUAAAUUCAUGAAGAGAUUUGUGUUCUUCAGUUUAUUGUCACUACAGUAUUGAAGUAGUUGUGAUACUAUAUCUGUGUGAAAGUUUUCAAAUGAUAAUAUAGAUUAUCAAACAGAAGUAACAUCAAUAUAUUUAAAAGAAAGUGAAAAAAAAAUAAACCUAAAAAGGUUUCAGAGGUAAAAAAAAACACUCUCACUUGCUUCCUAACGUUUUUCUCAGCAUGUUACCACAUUAAUAUGGCUGCCUUUUCAUCAUUGCUUUACUAGAUUGUCAUGGAACAAUACUUACAAGUUAAAAAAUACCUUUUAGUAGCGUAGAACAUUUCAAACUUAUGGCAUAAAAGCACAGCCUGCAGCAAAACUUUUCUGGAAACUUGGAAGCUGCAGCUAACAAAUUGAGUGUACAUAUUGUGGUCUAUAGUUAAUUGUGUGAUCAAAUUCAUUUGCAAUAACCUUACCUUUAUUUGGAAAUACAUCCCUAUGUAGGAAUGUAUAUAUCAAAAGAAACCUAUAAAUGAGGCUUCAGAGAACUUGUUCACAUUAACAUGUGGCAAAUGCAUCAACUAGGCAGCAUUACUCCAUGUUUCCAUAAGGUGGCUAUUGCUAAAAUCAACCACUUUUAAAGAUUUUUUUUUUCUCAAGAAUCCACAUAACCUAGAGAAAGAAGUGUUUUACUGAGGCUACUCUUUGAGAUGUUCAUUCUUUAACUGCUUAUCCCAAGGCCUAUUUUAAUCCUUUCCCUUUCUAGGGACCCCAGAAUAAAAUAAUAAUAAUAAUAAUAGUAACUUCCAUUUGCUGCUUCUUUCAUCUUUAGAGUGUAAAACAGUUCCUGGUGUUUGGUAGGAAAAAUGUUUACACAAUAUAGACAGAGGCCUUUUUUUCCCUCUUCUACUUUCAAAUAAGAAAAUUGACUUUGGUAACAGUUAUAAGAAUAUUUGAGUGCAUGUAUGUACUGCAUUUCACUAUGUAAAGGCUGCUAAUCCAGGAAUAUUUCACUGAAAAUGUACUUGCAAUAAAACUAGUAGUCUCCAUUUGCCACAGUAAAGAACUCUUGUUUUUAACCCUUGAUAGCCUUGCAGAGUUGGGCUACAGCUUCCUGAAAGGCUCACUUUUCCAUCCCAACUCAGAGACACCUUGUAUGGAUACUCUUUUGAUUGUACUUAGAAGUACUCCUCUGAACUUCCUGUUCAACCUCAGUAAUUCCCUAAGUUUUUUCUCUUGCCUCAACUAUAGGCUUCAGAGAACUUGUUCACAUUAACAUGUGGCAAAUGCAUCAACUAGGCAGCAUUACUCCAUGUUUCCAUAAGGUGGCUAUUGCUAAAAUCAACCACUUUUAAAGAUUUUUUUUCUCAAGAAUCCACAUAACCUAGAGAAAGAAGUGUUUUACUGAGGCUACUCUUUGAGAUGUUCAUUCUUUAACUGCUUAUCCCAAGGCCUAUUUUAAUCCUUUCCCUUUCCAGGGACCCCAGAAUAAAAUAAUAAUAAUAAUAAUGGGUCUCAUAUCUCAUAUCAAAUCAGACCCGUAUUUCCAGGACAUCAUCCUGGUACCUGUAAGUCAUUAUAUAAUACAAAACAGUACUGAUAAAAACAAAAUUCUUACUCUCGUAUUUCCUAGUUAUUUCUUGUUACUUCCUUUAGAACUGUCAAUUUUGAGGCCUGGGGAGAUGGCUUAGUGGGUAAAGGUGCUCACUAUAUAAAACUUGACCUGAAUACUCUGCCUAGACCCCACAUAAACAUGGAAGGAAAGAGCAACUCCACAAAGUUGUUCUCUGAUCUUUCCAUGUGUACCAUAGCUUUUGCUGUUUCCUACCCUCUCACAGUUUAUAUGCAUAUAUAUGCAUGUUGUCAGUUAUUAUCUCUUAAACCUAUUUAAUUGUACUUUAUAUCAUGCCCCAAUCCUUUGAUUUACUCAGGUUAUCUUCCUGACUCUGAACUACUUCUAAUUCUCAUAAAGCAUUUUUUUUUCUGGUUUGUAUGAGUACUUCCCCUUUGAAUAGAUUGUACAGAUGGAUUUCUGCAUAAUUUGCUAGUGCAUCCUGUUCAGCAUCCCUUUCAUCACUACUCAAAAUUCCUUUUUAGAUUAACUUUAUAUAACUCACAUAUUCUUUCAGUUGGAAUUUUGAAAGUAUCAUACUCAUAAAGACUUGUAUUAGUUACAGUGUGCCUUCAUAGUGUAAUAGCAGCCUACAUGUCCCUGGUCACAGCCUGGUGGGUCAUAUUUAUUUGAACAGUUGAGGAGGCCUUCAGAAGUGUGCUCCCUUCCUCCUUUCCUGUGUUUUAGCUUUGAUAUUGUCCCACUAUUAUUAUUUUUUAAAGCAUCUUCUCUUUUGUAUGGAAUCUGAGUAAAUUCACAGUGGAAACUACCUUGUACUGAUCGUUCUGUCUCUUAGGCAGUAGGCAGAUAAUCAUUAAUCAAGAAAUAUACACAUACAUUUAUUGAAUAGAUUUUCUGGAAUCACUGUAUUAUAUCAGCCCCAGGGUAAAAAAGACAGUAAGUUGGAAAAGACUAGAUAGUUGAAAGCAAGACAGUUUUGUUACUCUACAUCCUGUCUUCUGGUGUACUCUUGACCACCGCCACUCAUACACUUCCAGCAGUCAUGGCAACUGAUACCUUAAUUCGUUCUGUUAUUACUAACUAGUCUCUCAAAUUUUCAUAGAGGAAUCCUCCAGAUGCUGUUCUCUGUAAAUAUAUGUGAGUCAUAUUUAACAUUUUCUUAUACUUUGCUGCUCAAAUUCCUGUUAAUUCUGACAAGAAUUUUCAAUGACUGCUAAAGAUCUGUGCACAUGGUCCUUCAUUUUCACAAAACAGAUAAAUCUCUGUAACUUGAGAGGCUAUACACCUUACUAAAAGUCAUACAGGCAGGAAAAAGGAUGACAAAUGGUAAGGGUGGGUCCACAUGACCACCUAAAAUUUGUCAUCUUUCUUUUUGCAAAAACAAACAUGACUAAAUUAAACAACAAAUUAAGAUUAUUAGGCUGACAUGCAUGGAACCUUGGAUCAUUAUCCUGAUUUUUCAUUACCCAGAAACACAUAGAAAAUGAUAAGGAAUGUAUCUGGAAUAUAGUACACACUGGUUGGGGUUGUAGCCUUCAGUCAAAUGACUCUGAAUUUUAGUUUGGCACUGCCAUUCCCUUGACUUGGAUUAUACCCACUUUUACCUUAUCUCUGGUUGUGUGGUUUCAGUGAAAUUACCAUGCAGCUGGUAGAUAACAUCUUGGAAGACAUCCUGAGAACAGUUCUCCCAACAUUGCUUGUUAACUUAAAAAAAAGAGAGAGAUAAGAAAUGUCUGUAAUGAAGACUUAUUUUCUAAAAGCUGACCUUAUAUCGUCCACCUUUAAAUGGAAGAGAUGUGUUUUCUCACAUCUUUUAGAUAUAAUUCACAUAGUAUAAAAAUUCACCAUUUUAAAAAGUGUAAAAUUUGUGGUUAUAGUAUAUUCACAGAGUUGUGAAAUUGUCUUUAUAAAAUUCCAGAGCAUUUUCAUUGCUGUAAAAAGUUUUCUGUACCCAUUAAGAGUGACUGCCUGUUCUUAACUCCAACCCCUGGCAACUACUCAUCUUCGUAUGCCUAUGAAUUUGCCUAUUUUGGUCAUUUCAUGUUAAUGGAGUCAUAAAAUUAUGUGGCCUUUUUGUCUGUUUCGCCACCUUCCACAAAGCAAUGAGUUCAAACUGCAUCAAUGUUGUAGCAUGUACUGGUACUGUUUCUUUUGUGGCUGAAUAUUGUCAUUGUAUUGAAAUGCUGUAUUUUUUUGCUUGUCCACUUGGUUGUGCAUACAUGUGUUCUUUCUGCUUUUUGCAUAUUAUGAAUACAACUAUGAAUACUUUGUGUACAUGUUUUCAUUUCUCUUAAUGUCUUUUAAGUAUCUUAUGGUUUUGGUUCUUAAAUUUAGGUCUUUGAUUCAUUUUUGCAUGUGGUACAUUGUAGGGAUCCAGUUUCAUUCUCUAAUACGUGGAUAUCUAGUAGAACAAUACCUAAUUGUUACAAAGACUAGUAAUAAUUUCCUUACGAGUAGGCUUGCUAUCUUUGUCAAAAACACGUACAAAUGACCAUAAAUAUGGCUAAUUUUGGAUUCUUGAACUUUGUCCCAUUGUCCUAUGUGUCUCUCUUCUUAUGCCAGUACCAUACUGUCUUAAUUACUGUAGCUCUAUAGUAAGUUUUGAAUUUAGGAUGUGUUAGUUCUCUAGCUUUGUUCUACAUCAAGAUAAUUUUACCUGUUCUGGGUCCCUUGCAUUCCACAUGGAUUUUAGGAUCUAUUUGUUAAUUUCUACAUAAAAAGCACCUGUGAUUUUGAUUGUUCUUGUGUUGAAUCGAUACAUCAGAUUGACGUAUGUUGGUAUUUUAACAGUAUUAAAUUUUAUAAUCCAUAAAUAUGGAGUGUCUUUCCAUUUAUUUAGGUGUGUAAUUUCUUUCAAUGCUAUUUUACAGAUUUCAGUGUAUACAUCUUGGAUUUUUUUGAGUUAAAUGUUUUUCAUUUGAUCCUAUUGCAAACAACUUUUUUAAAAAUAUUUGUUUGGGUUACUCCUUGCUACAUCUAGAAAGAAUUCAUUUUUGUGUAUCAACCUUAUAUACUGUAGCUAUUUUGAGCUGAUUCUGUUUUUAAUUUUUUUAUACAAGAUUGUGCAUCUCCCAAUAUAAAUACUUUUGUUUCCUCUCCAAUCUGGAUUCUUUUUAUUUGAUUUCCCUGCCUAAGUGCCCUGGCUAGCACGUCCAAUAUGAUAUUAAAUAGAAGUGGCAAGAGUGUACAUCUUUUUCUUGUUUCUGAUUGUAGUGGAAAAUUAGGUCUUUCACCAUUAAAUAUGAUGUUAGCUGUGGGAUUUUCAUAGAUGUUGCAAGUUGAGAAAUAUUCCAUCUAUUCCUACCUUACUGAGUCUUUUUUUUUUUAAUCAAGAAAAGGGUUUUGAAUUUUGUCAAAUGCUUCUUCUGUAUCUAAUAAGGUUGUCAUGUAGUUUUUGUCCUUUAUUCUAUUGAUAUGUUGUAUUACAUUGAUGGAAUUUUGUAUUGAAAGAACCUUGCAUUCCUGGAAUUACCCCACUUGUCUCUGCUACAUAAACCAUUUUCUAUGCUGCUGGA